AUGUCUACGAAAAAUCGCGAAACUCGCGUGCAUAUUGUGUCCACGCCAUUGAAUUUGCCCCUUUUUCUAUCCGAAAGAACCAGCUUCAGACAUGAUAACCGACACACCAUACCGAGCUAUAUUAAGAAGAAGCGGCAAUUCUUUACAAAGCACUGCAUUGAAGAUAAAGACAUCGAAACAAGAAACGAGCGAGAUCUAAAAAACCGCGUCGGUAUUUAUUCGCCUCGCGUAGAGCCCUGUACCGAUUUGCACAUAACAAAAAUGUCACGCGAUUUGGCGAAAGAUAAGCCCUGGCAAUUGCCUCCCAACACCUAUGAUAUCUCGAAAGAACCCUAUGGUAGUAAACGUGGCUACCUCGGUUCCUAUUGGCGAAAAAUACCGCAAAAGAUGGAAAAUAUAUACGAGUUAAGAUCGAAACCGGAAGGCCCUUCUAAUGAAGGUCAAUGGAGAUUUUAUGAAUUGCCGCGCGACACCGAACGUUUUCUAUCGCCUGCAAAUAAACACAAAGGCAUUUUCUUGACGAAUGCACGAGAUAGACGCGCUACGGCACGUUGCAUGAUAUCUAAUCCCUCAAUGAUCUAUCGCAAUCCUUCGGAGCCAUCUCCUGCACACUACGAUCCCUUGUUGCAUGAACUUGCCUAUAAUGUUUCACCCCAAACUCAACAGGAAUUUCCAAAUCCACAUAUAUUUCUACCACACACCUGCGUACCCGAGAAGCCCAUGUCCCACAUACGCCGACAUACUAGCUUCGAGCCAGCGGUGGGUCGUUACGAAGUGCGCUACCCCAAGCAUUGUCCUUGUGGCAAAAAAAAUCUAACUCCCGGCUUGCGUUUAAUUAUCGAGCGUGAAAAACGUUUAAAAUUCCGUCGACUGCCUUAUAGAAAGAUCAAUGUAAACCGGCAUUGCAGCCCCGACUGGGAUCAUGUCAUCGGGGGCGGUCAUCGCCAUCUCUUUCAGACCAAAGGCAAAGCCAGAGUGCCUACGAGAAAAAAGACGCCAGAAAGGCGUGUCAGAUCACUUUUAAUGUUUCCAGAUUCCAAGUACAUCAACAUGAUUAAUUCACCGCACAGGGAGUAUUUAUCCAUACGACCGGGCGGCAUGCCUACAGCGCCAAUGCAAAUACGUUUCAACUGCAUCUCCAAGCGCGUGAUAAGGCGACAGCUGCGCAUCAACAAAAAGAUUGUGUUCAACAGUGGCAGCGAAAGAUUUCCCGAUCUUGAUAUUCGUCCAGUGAUGUUUACUGCUACGCAGUUGGAGAGGCUUAAGCAAAGUUUGCCCCCCGAACGCCAAUUGCGUGACUAUCCGGUGAUGCGGAAGCGCUUGAGUGAAAUCACAUCUCAACUUCAUAAGACGCCCGCUCACAUGAAACCAGCCUAUGAGCCGAAAUUACGCAAGCGGCUUUUCAAGUUUCAACCUUUGCCUGAACCGAAGGUGUUGGUUUCCGAGAAAGAGUUGCUCCCCAGCACCAUGUUAAGCCCUGAGCUAAAGUUUUUCUAUGGUAAGCCUGUUAAUCCAUAUGAUUUUAUGAAAGGUGGCGUAUUAAAGGCAGCCUCCCUUGUGAGGGAAAGAACAUCCAGUCGAACGCUAAGUCAAACCCAGAGUCUAACUACCAGUCGUGCUCCAAGUAGUGUUACUAUUAAUGGGCCUGAGGAUAUACCAGAAAUGUAG